AUGCGACGAAAUAUUAGAAAUUUUGCAAGAUUAGAAACUGCAGGGUUGAAAUUGAACGCAAGAAAAUGUGAGUUUGUCCAACAGCGGAGUGUUAUUUUAGGACAUGUCGUUAGUAAGGAAGGGGUCUCGACUGAUCCCGAUAAGGUGAAAGUCCUGGAGAAAUGGCCUACUCCAAACAACCUAUCGGACUUGCGUUCGUUCCUUGGCUGCACGGGUUACUACAGGCAAUACAUCCGGGAUUACGCCAGAAUUGCCGAACCACUUUAUAGACUUGAACGAAAGGGAACGGUUUUCAAGUGGAACGACGAUUGUCAGAAAGCAUUCAACAUUCUAAAGACAAAACGGCCCCAAUACUGUACUACCCGAGACUCGACAUUCCUUUUAUUCUUGAUACUGAUGCCUGUGAUACGGGGAUUGGAGCUGUGUUGUCGCAACGCCAUGGAGAAGACGAAAAGGUUAUUGCCUAUGCCGCCAGGUCCUUAUCAAAAGCGGAAAGGAACUAUAGUACUACUAGGAAAGAACUACUGGCCCUUGUAUGGUCGAUGGAACAUUUCGCAUCCUAUUUAAUAGGAAAACCAUUCAAAGCACGUUCUGAUCAUAAUGCACUGAGGUGGAUAAGAAAUUUUAAGCAACCUAAAGGACAAGUAGCACGAUGGAUUGAAAGAUUGUCCGUUUUUGACUUUGAAAUUGAACAUAGACCUGGACGUAGUCAUGGUAAUGCUGAUGGUGUAUCACGUAUACCUCAGGAUACUCGUGAGGUACAGAGUGGCCACGUAUGUAACGCAUCGAAUGGUAAUGACGAAACGAGCCCGUGGUGUCUGCGCUGGACAGCGAAGGAACUGAGUUUGCAUCAACACGAAGAUCCAGAGAUUUGUCGCGCGAUCGGAUGGAUGAAAGACGGUAAGCGACCACCGAAGGAGGAUAUAACACGUAUGGGUCCUCUAAUGGGCAAACUUUGGAGCAAAUUCGAUCAAUUGACGCUUGUUGAUGGACUUUUGUAUCGUAUUUUCGAGAACGAUAAUGGUAAUGACCGACAUCUUCAAAUUUGUUUACAACGAAAAUUAAUAAAAGAAGUUUUGGAGCUGACUCAUGAUAUUCCCAGCGCGGGUCACCUCGGUUCUCAGAGGUUAAAAGAAGUGAUAAAGAGAAGAUUUUAUUGGAGCGACUGGCAGUCAGAUGUCGAGAUGCAUUGCAAGAAUUGUCAGAUAUGCGCAGAACGAAAUGGACCGUCGAGAAAACGACGCGGAAUGAUGGUAUUGGAUCAACCGGGAUACCCAAUGGAACGUGUUGCUAUGGACAUCAUUGGACCACUACCUAAACCCCCUGAUGGUAAUCGAUAUAUAUUGGUGGUCGUGGACUAUUUCACGAAAUGGCCGGAGGCGUACGCGAUUCCAAAUCAAGAAGCACGUAGCAUUGCACAAAAAUUGGUGGAUGAGUGGAUUUGUAGAUAUGGAGUCAUGCAGCGACUGCAUACGGACCAGGGGAGAAAUUUCGAAAGCGCGGUCUUCAAAGAGAUAAUCGAUAUUCUUGGGAUAAAGAAAACCCGAACAACACCAUACCACCCUCAAAGUGAUGGCCUUGUUGAACGAAUGAACCGGACUCUGAAAGAUAUUCUUUCAAAGUUGGUCAAUGAAC